AUGGAAGGUUCUAAAAUUCUGCUUAUUCGUAGAAAUUCGAAGAAUGAGAAAGUCAAAGAGGAUAACUUAGAGGAGAAGUUGAAUGAUGCAGAAUUCGCAGCAGAUUUUGAGAAAGAAUUGAUUGAAUUAGAUUAUGCGGGUCUUGAUAUUCCGCCUUUGGAGGACGAUUAUCCCAUCUUCGAACUAUUCGAGGCUGUAAAAGAUGAAUUUUCGAUUCAAUGGCACCCUUGGGAAUGGAUGCGCUCUACUUGAGCAUCGCUACCAGCGUAAACUUUGUAUAAAUUUCUGCAGAUUUUCCGAGCGAUUUGUUGUCUGAAUCAUGAGGGCGAUUGUAGAAAUUUGAGGUUUCCACGGAUUUCAGCACAGCUUUGUUAAAGCUGUAUGACUGAGAGGUAAUAUCAGAUUCGCGAAUGGGUUAUCUUAAAGAAGAGUGUAUGAUUUGGCUUGCUUUACGUCAACAUAACCCUGUGUGAUAUGGAAUAGAGUGAGGCUAACAACAAGAGGAUGGCAUACAUGACAGAGCAAACAUAGGAUAAAAACAGUCUAGACAACACAAAAUUCAAUACCAUUACCUUUGAAUCCUGA